AUGAGAGACCAGCUGUCCUUGUUUCUGAUCAAGAACUCUCUGGGAGCCAAGAUGAAGAAAGGGUUGAGAAAUUUUUGCAACGACGAUGGCUCAACCUCUACCCUCAACCAACAUCACAAGGUGACCAGCUGCACCGCUGGCCCUGCUGCUGCUGCUCAUCAUCAUCAUACUACUUCUACUGCAGCUGAUACCUCCUCCACUAAUAAUAUUAUUAAUCCAGCAGUUCCUGUUGUUCGCUCUCCCACUAAUUAUGAUUAUUAUUUGCAGCAAAAUAUUAAUCACAAUAUUGAUAAUAUUGAUUCUUCUAAUUAUAUUAAUAAUUCAGAUCAUGAUCAUAUUCAUGAUCAUCAUCAGAAAAGCCCACAGCCGACGUUGGAGGAGAUGAUAUUGCGGUUAGAUUUGGAGGAGGAGAUAGCAGCAAGAUCAAAGUAUUCAAAGCUGAAAGACUACAACAAGAACAAGUACUACAAGGGUAGAAUGUCUUGCGUUAACAAUUCUGAUAUCUUAAGGUCUGCAAGGAAUGCAUUAAAUCAGUACCCUCGCUUCUCUCUUGAUGGCAAGGAUGCCAUGUACCGCUCCUCCUUCAGAAACAGCUUAGCUGCCGGUGCAGGUGGUGGAAGAAAAUCAGACGUAUGUUGCAGCAGGCCUAGGAGAGACUGUCGUGGUCGUCUAUCAGGGAAAGUAGCAUUAUAUGAGGAUGAUGAUAAUGAUACAAGUAGUAGUAGUUAUAAUAAGCCUAGUAGAUUGCCUUUGCCAGCCACUUUAGCAGGGGAGAGCGUGGUGUGGUGCAAACCAGGAGUGGUAGCCAAGUUGAUGGGGCUAGAGGCCAUGCCAUUGCCAGUACCUCUACAUCAUAUUGGUGGUGGUAAUGGUAAAGAUCAAAACCUGGGUAUCAUCGACGUCAUGAACAUGAAGAGACAGAAUCUCAUGAUCAGGAAGAGAGCUCAGGAGAGGCGUGAUGAAAUGCAGACAAGACUUGUUACUAAUAAUUAA